AUGCGGUGGAUGCCUGCUCAGGGGCCCUCAAUGCGACUAGUGCAGCCAACACAUAAAAUCAGACUGCCACCAGUGGCCUCGUCGACUCAAUUGAUCCUCGCAUCCUCCCCCUACUCCUACUCUGUCUCUGUUGCUGGAACUACACCCUCAGCCUUUGCCCGUAUCUCUACUGUCUCCUCGUCGUCUUCUCUGGCCGUGACUCAGCCUACCACCAUGGCUCGUUUUCCCGCGCAGCAAAGCCGGUCCGUCCACGCGACCCCGUUGGUGAACCAUGCGGCUCCUGCAGAGUCCAACUACGACACGGCCAACCCGGCCUACAUCCGCAAAUAUCUCCGCACCUAUGGCUUGACGCCCCCGCGUGCGGAGUCAUAUGAGAUCCAGAAGACUCGCUGCCUCGCCCAAUUGGCCCUCAAGACCACCGCCAUCGACAAGUUCCUCUACCUCAGCACCCUCCGCAAGAACAACGUCCACCUGUUCUAUCGGCUGGUGACGGAUCACCUCAAGGAGUUGACCCCUCUGAUCUACACCCCCGUCGUUGGAGAAGCCUGCCAGAGAUGGUCCGAGAUCUACCAACAGCCGGAAGGCAUGUACCUGAGCUGGGAAGACCGUGGCAACCUGGCGGCUGUCAUUUCCAACUGGCCCCAGCCCAACGUUGAGAUCACAUGCAUCACCGACGGUUCCCGCAUUCUCGGUCUUGGUGACCUUGGCAUCAACGGCAUGGGUAUUCCCAUUGGUAAAUUGGCUUUGUACACUGCCUGUGCGGGUAUCCGACCCGAGGCUACUCUGCCCUUGACUCUGGAUCUGGGAACAAGCAACAAGGCCUUCCGGGAAGAUCCGCUGUACAUGGGCAGUCGCCGUGACAAGGUGACUCCCGACGAGGAGCGGGAAUUCCUGGAUGAGCUGAUGGCUGCUCUCACUGAGCGGUGGCCCGGCAUCGUUAUCCAAUUCGAAGAUUUCAAGAACCCCUUCCCUGCUCUGGAACGUUACCGUGACGUUUACACGUGCUUCAACGAUGACAUCCAGGGUACCGGUGCCGUUAUCCUCGGAGGUGUGAUCAACGCCGUGAAGCGCUCUGGCCUUCCCUGCAAGGACCAGCGUGCCGUCUUCUUCGGCGCGGGAAGUGCCGGUGUUGGCGUUGCCAAGCAGAUUGUUGACUUCUUCGUCCGCGAAGGCAUGACUGAAGAUGAGGCCCGCGGGUGCUUCUACCUCGUGGACACCAAGGGCCUCGUCACUGCUGAUCGUGGUGACAAGCUUGCGGAUCACAAGGUCUACUUUGCCCGCACAGACAAUGACGGCCUGCAGCUGAAGACUCUGGAGGAUGUCGUUGACCAUGUGAAGCCCACCAUCCUGAUGGGUCUUUCCACCAUCGGCGGUGUGUUCACCCCCGAGAUCCUGCGCAAGAUGGCCGAGUGGAACAGCAACCCCAUCGUCUUCCCUCUCUCCAACCCCUCGUCCAAGUCUGAAUGUGACUUCGAGACUGCCGUCAAGAACACCGACGGUCGGGUCCUCUUUGCUUCCGGUUCUCCCUUCCAGCCCAUGUCGUUCACCAACUCCUCGGACGAAACCCGCACCUACUACCCCGGCCAGGGCAACAACAUGUAUGUCUUCCCUGGUAUCGGACUGGGUACCAUUCUCUCCAAGUCGGUCAAGGUCACCGACAGCAUGAUCUACGCCUCGGGCGAGGCUCUAUCCAAGGCUCUCACUGCCGAGGAGAUCAACCGUGGUCUCCUCUACCCUGACCUGACCCGCAUCCGUCAGGUCAGUGUUGUGGUGGCCCGCAAUGUCAUCCGCGCGGCACAAGAAGAAAAGGUCGACCGUGAGACCACUCUGCGCACCAUGGACGAUGAGGCCCUUGACGCCUGGAUCAAGGCCCGCAUGUACGACGCUCACACCGAAGUGUUGGCUCUGGAGAGAGAGGUUGGAUCCAUUCUGGCCAGCCUGGGGCCCGCCGCUUUCACCCUUGACGGGCUGAACGAGGAGGCCGAGAAGCAUGCCAAGCUGUAA